GAGUCCUUAGCAUCAUUUGUCCUAAGAUACUUUCUUUCUUUCUUUGCAAAUUUCACACACUAUACUCAACCUUAUUAUUAAUCAAUCUUCCAAUUCAAUCUUUUUAAUAAUAAAAUUACUUUAUAUUAUUCCUUUUCACAUUUUUUUUCUUUCAUCAUGAACUCAUCUCUCUCUAUAAAUUCCUCUCUCUCUCAUCCUUUUCUCUCACCUAUCUCCACAACCAUUCAUUCUUCAAAUUUCAACUCUGAAAAUUCUAUUAGAUUUAGAACUUUUGGAGCAAAACCCAUUAUACCCUUUUGCAAAAAGACUCCAUUUUUGAGCUUAGAAAGUUUAAAGAGUGUGAAAAGAAGAAAAAGUUUGAAGCUUGAAGCUACAAAAAUGACUAUUGAUGAAGAAAGUUUGUUGAAUUCUAGAGAUGAAGAAGAGGGUCCUCCCGAUUCUGUUCUGAAUGAUAUACAUUCUAAACCUCGUAGAAUUGCUCUUUUUGUCGAACCUUCACCUUUUUCAUAUGUCUCCGGAUACAAGAAUCGUUUUCAGAAUUUUAUAAAGUACCUUCGAGAAAUGGGAGAUGAGGUCAUGGUCGUGACAACACAUGAAGGGGUACCAAAAGAAUUUUAUGGAGCACAAUUAAUUGGAUCCAAAAGCUUUCCUUUUCCUUGGUAUCAGAAGGUUCCCCUCUCUUUGGCACUUAGUCCAAGAAUAAUUUCAGCAGUUGCUCAGUUUAAGCCUGACAUAAUACAUGCCUCAUCACCUGGCAUUAUGGUUUUUGGAGCUCUUAUCAUUGCAAAGCUUUUGUCUGUUCCCAUUGUCAUGUCAUAUCAUACCCAUGUACCAGUAUACAUUCCUAGAUACACAUUUAGUUGGCUAGUGCAACCAAUGUGGUUGGUUCUAAAGUUUCUGCACAGAGCAGCUGAUCUAACUCUAGUGCCAUCAGUUGCCAUUGGAAAAGAUCUUGAAGAAGCUCGAGUAACAACAGCUAACAAGAUCCGUCUUUGGAACAAGGGUGUUGAUUCUGAAAGCUUCAAUCCUAAGUACAAGUCACAUGAAAUGCGAUUAAGACUGAGCAAUGGUGAACCGGAGAAGCCCUUGGUUAUUCAUGUCGGGCGUCUUGGAGUUGAGAAGAGUUUAGAUUUUCUCAAAAGUGUCAUGGAUAGGCUUCCUGAAGCACGAAUCGCUAUUGUUGGAGAUGGACCCUACAGGGAGGAGCUAGAGAAAUUGUUAGAAGGCAUGCCUGUAGUAUUCACAGGAAUGUUAAGCGGGGAAGAAUUAUCUCAAGCAUAUGCUAGUGGCGAUGUCUUCAUUAUGCCGUCAGAGUCCGAGACACUUGGUCAAGUUGUCUCAGAGGCCCUGUCUUCUGGGAUUCCUGUUGUGGGAGCACGUGCCGGUGGAAUCCCAGACAUAAUCACCGAAGAUCAAGACGGCAAAAUUGGAUAUCUCUACACUCCAGGUGAUCUCGACGAUUGCUUGAGCAAACUAAAACCUCUGCUGCAUGACAUAGAGUUGAGAGAAACGAUGGGAAAAGCUGCGCGUAUAGAAAUGGAGAAGUAUGACUGGAGGGAAGCAACUAGAACGAUUCGUAACGAAAAUUACAAUACUGCUAUUUGGUUUUGGCGCAAGAAAAAGGCUCAACUAUUGUUACCAUUCCAAUGGCUAACGAAACAUAUUUUUCCGUCUCCAGAAGUUGUAUAGGUAAUGAAAUAUGCAACCUUCUAAACUUUGGAAAGAUUCCUGGCUUGAUUACUUAGGCUUUAAGAAAGAAGUCUUGUAUUAACAAAUGAGUGAUUGGUUUAUUAUAUCACAUUCAUUUGCUGUAUAUUUAGUGGAUAAAAAAUUGUGGUGGCUUGUGCAAUAUUUUGUACCAUUACUAUAAUGUAGAUUAAAUUUGAAUGUAAUUCAUAUUAUUGUGUAAUGUUAAAAGACACAUUUGGGCAACUAGGAAGUGGAGAAUCCAUUCAAGCUUUUGGAACACAAUUAUCCAAGAGUAUGACAAACCUAGAUCUUCAAAACUUGGCUGUUAGGAGGAUCUGGUAAUAGUAUACAUUAAUAAUCAUAUUUUGACUCUACAAAUCUUUGUAUGAAGUGUAGUUUUCA